AUGAAUUAUGAAAAUGCUGGAUGGCUGAAUCCUGAUAGUCAAUAUAAAUUAACAAACGCAGCUGGUUAUUUUGAUAUAUGUAUACCAUUAAAAAUGCUACUUGGCUUUGCUGAAGACUACCAAAAAAUCAUUGCCAAUGCAAAGCAUGAAAUUAUCAUGAUACGAUCACGUACUGAUAAGGAUGCAAUUGUUCCCACUGAUCUCGCACUUCUAGAGGAAGUUCAAUUCGAUUUAAAAAUUACAAAAAUUGAAUGGUUAGUUCCAUAUGUCAGCCUAUCAAAUAAAAAUAAAAUGGAAAUGAUAAAAUACAUUCAAAAAGAUCCAGUCAUAUCUAUUGGCUUUAGAAGUUGGGAUUUGUAUGAAUAUCCAGUAUUGCCAACAACUAAUCAUCAUAUUUGGUCUGUAAAGACAUCAACUCAAUUGGAAAAACCUCGUUAUGUCAUUCUCGCAUUCCAAACAAAUAGAAAAAAUAUAUGGAAUUUAAAUAUGACAGAUUUUGACCAUUGUAAUAUAACAAAUGUUAAAUUAUAUCUUAAUUCACAAAUUUUCCCAUAUGAGAAUUUAAAUUUAGAUAUUGAAAAAAAUCAAUUCUCUUUAUUAUACGAUAUGUAUGCUAAUUUUGGGGACUCAUACUAUGAGACAAAGCUUAACUUAUUCUCAAAAGAUUUUUUUAUUAAUCGGACUCCAUUUAUUGUCAUUGAUUGUAGUAAGCAAAAUGAAACAUUAAAAACUGGUGCUGUGGAUGUACGUCUAGAGUUUGAAUCAAAGGGAAAUUUUCCAGCAAGAACAACAGCAUAUUGUUUAAUAUUACAUGAUAAUAUCAUCCAGUAUAGACCAAUAAGUGGCAUAGUUCACAAGCUUACAUAA